AUGGUGAUUAUUGAGCAAGGAUCUUCAAUCAUUGACAAUUGUCAAAUGAAUAUUAAAAUUGAUACAGAUAAACCAGUUACAUUGUCGAUCAAUACGACAAAUGAACAUCAUCAUUUGCAUACAACAUCGACGCCAACAUCUGUUUAUCAUCCUAGAAAUCCUUCAACGAACGGUCCGAUGAAUGUUAAUACAACUAAUCCAGGUCAUUUUCACCAUCACACACAUUUGUAUAAUACAACAAGUGGUUAUAACUAUUCAUCGGUACCACCACAACCAACACCACCACCACCACCACCAUCAUCAUCAUCAAAUAGUUAUUAUUCAAUGCCGACGAAUAAUAUUUACAAUGAUUCAUAUUCUCCCUGUUCAAACUAUUGGAAAGCGGCAGCCGCAGCCGCAGCAUCCUCAUCGGAUCUUUCAAAAAUGAAUAACAAUCAUUCAAAUCGACUUUCCUAUCCUAUUGAUCAUCCUCAUUCAACUACUAUGCAUUACAUACCAUCAUCAACAGGUCUAUCUUCUCAAAUAGAUGUCAAAUCUGAACAUUCAUCACCAAUAAAAAAUACUCCAUUAACAACAAUGUCAGGUGGAGAUGAUUCAAAUGAAAGUCAUCCAACAGGCACAGAAGAAGAUAAUGAAGAUGACGAUGACGAUAUGAAUUUGAAAACACCAGAAAAAGAAGAAUCAAAUAGUACAUCAACAAAUGCACCAAGAAAAUCGAAUCGUCGAGCAGAGAAACCGCCAUAUUCUUAUAUUGCUUUGAUUGUCAUGGCUAUAAAUAGUACGCCAACGAAAAAAAUGACAUUAUCAGAAAUCUAUGCAUUUUUACAACAAAGUUUUGCUUUUUUUCGUUCAACUUACAUGGGAUGGAAAAAUUCCGUUAGACAUAAUCUAAGUCUCAAUGAAUGUUUUAUUAAAUUACCAAAAGCUAUGGGUCGAGCAGGAAAAGGACAUUAUUGGACAAUUGCACCUGAUUCAGAUUGUAUGUUUGAUGAUAAUUGUAUGCGUCGAAGACCUAGAGGAUUUCGAAGAAAAUUAGGAAAACAAUCCGGAUAUCCUAAUCUAUUAGGUCAAUUAGAUUCAACAGUUACAACAAAUACUAAUGGUAUGGCAACUUCAUCAUCAUCAUCAACUAUGGAUCCGAAUGCAAUGAAUUCGUACAAUCCUAAUCCUUCAUCAUCGUCUCCUUCGACUUCAACUGGCAUUGGAGCUGGAAAUUAUUUUGAUCUUAGUAAUUAUGCUGCUUCGUCAUCUUCAACAGCAGGAGUCAGUGGACAUCAUUCGUCAGAUCUUUAUGCAGCUGCAGCUCUCAUGGCCUCAUAUUCUUCCACUUAUCCUCAUCGUUCUCAUUUUACAGCAAACAAUUCAUCUUGUUCUUCGACAUCAUCACCAACAACCAAUACAAAUGCUUUAACGACCAAUGCAAGAGUUACAGAUGAGACUGAUCCAGGAUCACAUGUACACUUUACAAACAGUGUUCACUAUGCAUCAGGUCCAUCUCAAUCACCUUAUUUUUCUUAUGGAAAUCCACCUACUCAUCCGCCAACAAGUUCAUCAUUCGAUCCACAUAAUCAUUUUUAUGGAAAUCCAUUUGCUGGAUUUCUCGAUCAAAAGCAUUCACUUUUGCCGGCAUCAUUGUCCUGCUAUGAUCAUCAUCCAUCAUCGUCAAACUAUUAA